AUGGGUAUUUUGUCUAUUGUUAUUAUAACUUGUAAAAUUAUUUCAUUAGCGUGUUUACUCGUAUCUGUUUAUGCAUAUCAUUGGUUUCAAAUUGAUAACUAUUCAGUAAACAAAGAUGUAGUUCAAGAUUUAUGUAUAUCAUAUGGAGCAUUUUGUAAUUUAGAAGAUCACAUGCCAUUACCACGUUUAAUUGUUAUUGCACCUUGUGCAUUUUUAGUUAUUAGUCUUGUAUUAGAAAUUAUUAAUCUUAGUUUAUUAUGUCCAAUAUGGUCACGUGUUCCAACAUUAUUAAAUUGUUUUCUUGAACAAACAAGUAUUGCUUUAUCAUGUGCUGUUACAAUUCAUUGUAUUUGGGUUACUAUUGUUCAUAUUCGUAUAUCAAUGGAAAUGCGAAUAGUUCAUCUUCAUGGGACAUUUUUUGCUUUUGGCUUGGCUACUAUACUCAUUCCUGUUGAUUGUAUUUGUUCAAUAAUUCGAAUUAUGAAUAAUUGUCAAUAUGACGAAACAAGUGAAACCAACCAUGGUAUACAAUCUUAUAGACAUAAAUCAAUUCUUGAUUGUGUUGUUUAA